GUUUCCGCGUGUGUUACACUGAGAGGCGUCCGUCCAGAAGGAGAGUCAUGGCAUCUUCAGAUCUCUUCAAAACUUUAUUAUACACACUCAACAAUCUCCUGCAACAACACAAAUAUAAAUCUGCUCUGGCAGUCGUCAAAGGCUUCAGGAAUGGAGCUGUGUAUGGGGCUAAAAUCCGUGCCCCUCACGCCCUAGUGAUGACGUUUCUGUUCAGAAGUGGCAGUCUGAGAGAGAAGUUGAGGGCGAUCGCUCAGGCCACGUACACUCACUCCAGGAAUCUGGCCUGCUUUGUGUUCACGUAUAAAGGUCUGCAGGCGCUCCAGCAGCGUUUACAGGGAAGACCACUGCAGACGCACUCGUUCCUCGCUGCCUGUGUCGGAGGCUGGCUGGUGUUCGGAGAAAAUAACAACAUCAACAGCCAGAUCAACAUGUACCUGCUGUCCAGGAUUCUCUUUGCUUUGUCUCGUCUGGCCGUGGAGAAAGGCUUGGUCCCGCAGCCCAGGAAAGACCCGUUCCCGCUGUUCGGCGCUCUGGUGUGGGGAAUCGUGCUCUGGUUGUUUGAGUAUCAUCCUCACACGCUUCAGCCCUCGCUCCAGUCCUCCAUGAACUACCUCUACCACGACAGCAACACGUGGCAUGACAUCUCAGACUUUCUCAUCUAUAACAAACCCAAAACCAAAUGAGAUCUUGCAUUAAACCAUAGAAUCUAGGAAUCGAACGUUUCACAGCUAUAUAUAACAUUGACCGUUCUCUAAACCGUGCUGCUCACGUGUCACAUGAUGCACUGAAUGACUUCUCUGCACAUUGUCUAGAUUGUGUUCGCUCCACUUUAAAUGAGAUUUACACGUCAUGAUAACUUUGUUAAACUUACAAACUCAUUUCAAUUCUCUUAAAAACUAUUUCAGGCCACAUUUCAUCCUAAAGCAAUUAUUUUGCUUGGAGCAUUACAUUUAGUAUAAGGAAAAUGUUUAAUUUUAGGACCAUGCUGGUUAGUUUCUGUAAGUGAUGAAGUAUAAAUGCGUAACAUUUUUAAAACGUAUGCUUUUUUGCAUUUGAGAAUCAUAAAUCAUGAAAUCUGUCGAAACUUAAUUUUCUAUGUGCAAUUUAAAUUCCCUGUUUUUUUCUUGUUCUUUAGCUGUAUUGGGGUGAAAUAUGACCUGGGCAUGAUUUUGGGGAGGUCCUGCAGUCAGUCGCUGGUGUUUUUGUGUGCACCGAUGUCUGUAGUGUAUGUUAAUGGAUGCAGAUCUCACUACUGUUUUGUUAAACAGCACUUAUUUAGACAUAUUACAUUAUAAAGUUAACUAAAAUCACAAUCUUAAAACAAAAUGAUUGUCAUAAUCUAUACUGUUGAUUAAUGCUUUAUUACAUUUAAUUAUGUGGGUCAAUAGUUUAUUCUCAAAGCAGCAUUGCUAAAUUGGAUAGAAACUUCAAAUAUUUUAUACUUUUGCUAAUUGCAAAAAAAGUUUUAUUAAUCAAAAUGCAUGGGCCAAUAUGAUCAACAGUAUGUUGAAAUACAAAAAUAAUUUUCUGCCAUUAUAUUCAAUAGGAAUGUGUUGUGUUAGUGUGGAUUUGAUGUAGGAAUGUAUGUAUUAAUUGAUUAAAUACAGAACCAGA